AUGUCUUGGGUCGUCGAGUACAUCCUGUCCUUCCACAACUGGUGGAACAAGGUCAAUGCGGUAAAGGCGGACAUUCUCAGCGAGAAGGUCGCGGCGCUUCAAUCAGCAGCCUCCUCCUCUACCUCGUCGUCACCACCUUUCCUGCGUCUGGGCGUCCUGUCCGCCGCGGCCAUCAACCACACUGCCAUCUGGGACCCGGCGUCGACGCAUCCGGGGGCCGUGAUCACCGGUGUGGCAGCGCGGGACCGGGCGCGCGCCGAGGCCCAGAUCGCCCGCAACCGGCGCUUCAUCCCCGAGGGCGCGCCGUGCAGGGCCUACGGGUCGUACGCGGCGCUUUUGGACGACGCCCCCGAUGUCGACGCCGUCUACAUCCCUCUACCCAAUGGGCUGCACCACGAGUGGGCGUUGGCGGCGCUGAAGCGCGGCAAGCACGUGCUGAUCGAGAAGCCACUGGCCUCCAACGCGCAGCAGGCACGCGAAAUCCGUGACGCUGCCACGGCUGCGGGCAAGGUCGUGCUGGAGGCCUUCCACUGGCGCUUCCACCCGUCGGCCCACGUGGUCAAGCAGCUCCUGCUGAGCGGCGAGCACGGGCGGGUGUUGUCCGUCGACGCCCGCGCCGUCAUCCCCGGCGGCGUGCUCAAGAGCGACGACAUCCGCUUCCAGUACGGCCUGGCGGGUGGCUGCUGCAUGGACCUCACCUAUGUGUUCAGCGCCGUGGCGUACUUCGCCGCGCGGGACGUCACGGACCCGAACCUCGAGUUCGAGGUGGUCGACGCGAAGGCCCGUUUGAAUCGAAACGACAAAUUGGUCGACGAAGCCGUGUGGGCCACGCUGCGCAUCAAAGACCCUCAUCCAGACGCCUUUUCUGAUACCGGCAGCGCGGCGGCGGCGGCGGCGGCGGACGUCACGGCCACGGUCACGGCCGACCUCUCCCAGCCCAAGCUAUUCGGCCUGAUUCCCAAGCUGUGGGACGCCGGGUCGCCCACGGUGACGAUCCAGUGCGAGCGCGCCGAGAUCGUCUUCGAGAACUUCAUGGGACCCUGGCUGUCGCACAAGAUCGCCGUCGUGCCCGUCACGCGAGAUCCGGCCACGGGCAGGACUAUCAAGCGCGGCAAGGCAAUCACGCUCAAGCAGUUCAAGGGCGGGCCGCUGUGGGAUCGCGAGUUGGCUACUGGGGGUUGCGAGUGGUGGACCACCUACCGUUGGCAGCUCGAGGCGUUUGUCAGGAGGAUCCGCGAGGGCGAGGCCGGAGGGUACAAAGGGCCCUGGGUCGACAUGGCCGAGAGCAUUCGCGUCAUGGAGAUGAUUGAUCGCACGUACGAGAAGCUGGGAUUGCCGGUCCGUGGGGCGUGA